AUGCCUCGUCAAUGUGAUUUAUGUGGCUCUGCCAAUUUAAAUGUGGACCCUCAAACAGAAGUUGCCUGCUGCAUUUCUUGCGGCUGUAUUACAGAAAUCUCUACUUGCCCCGAGAAACUCAAUAAAACAACUGAAAAAGUUGAUAAGGAUCUACUUUUCGAGCCAAUGACUACAAGCAUUGAUAAAAAGGCAAAUGAAUACAAUAUACAAACAAUUUUAUGCCGUACUAAUCAAUAUAAUACGCUUAGUUCUGAGGAGUCAGAUGCAGCAUUACAAAUGGCUGAUGAGCUAUUAGUACAUAUCUCUAGAGAAGAGUCGCUAGGGAUUGCCGCUGCUGUUUGCUAUUACGCAUCGAAACAUAGAAGACGCGCUGUACUUAUGUCUGACUUUGCUGAAAAACUUGGUAUACCAAAACAAUCGAUGGUAAAAACACUCCUAAAAAUACCCAACUACAAGAUGGAUUACACCGAAGACGCAUUUAGUCCUUUGCAUCAGGUUGAAUAUAUUAUGAGAGAACCUUUUCAAAAAAUAUUGGAAGUAUAUUCCAAACUUGCGGAGCCCUUCAAGAUACGGCAUUUAGUGAAUCUACGUAUAUCUGAUCCAAAAGUACGACCUAAGCUGAUAUCUAUCCUGAAAGUAAUUAUUGAAUACGAGCAAAAUAUUGGGCGACACUCUCGUCCUUUUGUUGGAGCUGCUCUGCUAUUAGUAACCCACAGCCUAAUGGUUCACAUAUUGCAGCAGGCAAGAAUCCCAAAGUACUCGCGAAAAACAGCCGUAUUAAACGCAACAUUAUUUAUGCCUUUGAAAGAUUAUUCGCAAACAAUUAAGUGUGCACCAGCUACACUCAAACUCAGAUUGAAUGAAAUAACCGCUCUACUCGCUGAAUAUGCCAACGAUAUUACAUGGCUGAAAAACCAGAAGAUUAAUUCAAAAAAUUUAUACAGAUACCUGGAUGAUAUAAUUGAUUUCAAACAGAUAAAUCAUCCAGGGAAACAAUUGUUUCCACCUACAUCAGCAAAAGAAAUACCUGCAUUUGCGCGCUCAGAACUAUCACGUAGGAAAAGGAAAGAGCAAAUCGAUGAAGCACUAAAAUGUAUCGAUAAUGAAUUGGAAGAAGAUCAGCUUAGUCCCGAAGCUGGACUUUUGCUAAUCCUCUUGAGGGCUGGAUACACUCAAUCCUUUCUCGAAAACAUCUCUGAUAAGAACAUUAGGCAGUACGUAGACAACGUACUUAACAAAGAAGAAACGUGCGAUACAUCGGAUACACUUAUAGAGUGUUGA